AUUCCACUCUCAAAACGUGUUGAUGUAGAUAUUUGCAGAAGUAUUUCUUGAACGAUGCCAAAGAAACAAUCGAAGAGGAAGAAGUAUCAUUACAAUGUUAACAGAAAGAAAGAAUGGAAGAAAUCCAAAAGGCUUCCGGCCAUUGGUUGUUCACAAAUCAAGAAGGCAUGGGACAAUACGAAGUCUGUGAAACAGAAUCUAUCUGAUAUGGGCUUGGCCGUAGAUCCCAACAUUUCUAUUCCAAUUCCUACAGCUAAGCAAUUACUGAAACAUCAGAAACUUGAAACUAUGGAUCUUGCUGAAGUGAGGAAACUAGCAAGUAAAGACCAUGUUGUUGAAGAGCUUGUGAAAGAAGCUAGUUUGCCAGAAAAGAAAGCACACACCAGGUUUUCAAGACCAGAAGUGUCAUAUUGUACAUAUAUGAUUGACAAGUAUGGAGAGGAUUAUAAGGCAAUGGCAAGGGAUCGAAAGAAUUAUUAUCAAGAAACACCAAAACAGAUUAAACAAAAAAUAAAGACUUUUAAAUCAACGGAACAGUACACUAAAUAUGUGGAAGAGAAAAAUCCAGAAUCAACAGGAAGUCAAUCAAUGGAUACAUGAUGUCCACAGGUACCAAAUAUAAGGAUAUCAUGCCAGUCAUCAAGAUGGUCUAUUAUAAACAGGAAAAAUAUUUGAAGAGCUGAGCUGAAUAUUAACUUGAGAUUUUAUACAUUUAUCUGUUGUCCUAAGGCACUUUGUGUAUUUUAUGUAAAGAAUUAAAUAUUUCUUUUACAAAUAAUACAUUA